CUGCGUGUGGCGGGGAGGAUGAGGGAGUCCCAUGGGACAGCCUAUGCCUCGAGAUGGGGUGUCCCAGUCGAAUUCGUUGCUGCUCAGAUCAGCCCACUGUUUUCUACCUGUCUUCUCCAGACGAAUCGACACUGGUGUCUCAUUCUGCGCGCGGUCGAACUUGACAUUACGCUUCGCGUUCAACUGACCUCUUAGGAAGAACCUGUCAACGAAGCCCUUGUCCGGGAAUGUACCGCCUGAGUGGCCCAGUGACCUGAUGCACUCCGCCCGGGCAUCGAGGCAGGAGCGCGCGUCCUGCUGGAUGGGAAUGCAUCGAGAGCCGGAACGCCGUUCAGCAUUCCUCGAGAUACAGCCGACAAAUCACCUUGGCAUGCAUGUUUUACCAUUCACUGCGUCGUCCGAGUGGGUCCGAGCACUAUAAAACAUUGGGAGAGAGGAUGGGCACGGCAGCUUCCAAGUCUUCAAAGUUGCAAUGUUCCCUACCACUGCUCUCUUCGCUCUCUGUCUCGCUGCUGUGUCUCAGGCGCAGCAGAUCGGCACUCUGCAAUCGGAAGUACACCCGACUCUCACCACUCAGCAGUGCACAGCGGGCGGAAGCUGCACUACGACGCAGAACGCGAUCGUCCUCGACUCUAACUGGCGCUGGACUCACUCUACGUCGUCAGCCACCAACUGCUACACCGGCAACACCUGGAACGCCGCUCUAUGCCCCGACGCCACGACUUGCGCGCAGAACUGUGCUCUCGACGGCGCCAACUACCAGAGCACGUACGGGAUCACGACCACCGGCAAUGCCGUGACGCUCAAGUUCCUGACUGGCUCGAACGUCGGUAGCCGAGUGUACCUGAUGGCGGACAACACCCACUACGAGAUGUUCCAGCUGCUGAACCAGGAGUUCACAUUCACCGUCGAUGUGUCCCAGCUGGGAUGUGGUCUCAACGGCGCGCUGUACUUGACCGAGAUGGAUGCCGACGGUGGCAUAUCUCGAUUCCCGAACAACAAGGCCGGUGCCCAGUACGGAACCGGCUACUGUGACGCACAGUGCCCUCAAGAUCUCAAGUUCAUCAACGGAUUGGCCAACUCUGCCAACUGGACGCCCUCCACGAACGACCCCAACUCGGGUACUGGCACGAUGGGAACCUGCUGCAACGAAAUGGACAUCUGGGAGUCCAACAAGUUCGACGCGGCGUUCACGCCUCACCCUUGCUCUGCCGUUGGGCAGACGAUGUGCACUGGCACCGACUGCGGUGACGGCAGCGAUCGCUACAACGGUCUGUGCGACAAGGAUGGUUGUGACUUCAACAACUUCCGCUGGGGCGAUAGCAGCUUCUUCGGACCCGGUCUCACCAUCGACACGACUCAGCCAGUCACGGUCGUCACCCAGUUCCUGACCAACGACAACACCACGACUGGGACGCUGUCCGAGAUCCGCCGUCUCUACGUGCAGGGCGGCAAGGUCAUCCAGAACUCUCCGGCCAAGACUCCUGGCCUUACUCAGUUCAACUCGGUCACCGACGCGUUCUGCAACGCACAGAAGAACAUCACCGGAGAUACCAACAGCUUCGAGGCCCGCGGUGGUCUUGGAACAAUGAGUGCUUCGCUGAAGCGCGGCAUGGUUUUGGCGCUCUCAGUCUGGGACGAUGACGCCGUUGGAAUGCUCUGGCUCGAUGGACAGCAAUACCCGUCGACGAAGAGCGCCUCGGCCCCCGGUGUUGCGCGUGGACCCUGCUCGGCGACCUCUGGGGAUCCCAAGACCGUUCAGGCCCAGCAGCCCAAUGCCCAAGUCACCUUCUCGGACAUCAAGACCGGCCCGAUCGGCUCUACCUUCAGCGGCACGACCACCGGCGGCGGCUCGGGAACGACCACCUCGGCUACGACACACUCGACCACCACUGUCUCUUCGGCGACCACGAGCUCUGGUUCCAGCUCUACUGGCGGAACGAUCCCCAAGUUCGGACAGUGCGGUGGCCAAGGCUGGACUGGCUCGGGAACCUGUGCGGCUGGAAGCACCUGUGUGUUCAGCAACCCAUUCUACUCUCAGUGCCUGUAAACGAUUGAGGCACGUGAAAUGAUUCAAUAGCUCUCUGUACAGUACGCGCACCCUGCUGUGUCAUACAAUUUGAAUAAACGGGACCGCUACAAUUCUCUUCACGCCGUAUAUCGAGAUCUUGCUGGAGCGAAUACACAAGGUCAGUGCCUACUUGCGGGAACGGAGGUCGAACCUGGACU